GUUUCGUCGACGGUGGUAAGAGGAGCGGAUCGCUGACGUCCGCGUCGCGUCUGGAGUAUAAACACGCGAGUGCAGAAGCGGGUUCACGGGCCCUCGCCACGAAUCAUCCUCGACCUAUCGCGCCCUCGACGACUCUCGGAGCCGCCUGUACCGCCGCGGGUGCUCGCCGGACGACACACGGUUUUGUGAAUAUAAAUCGCGUAAUCGUGCUCCCCCGCGACUUGUGAACGAACGAGUAACAUCGGAAUAGUGCUCGAUUUGACUACUGCCGCGCGCAGCGAACGGCCCGAACGUCAUCAUCACCGUCGUCGCCGCCGACGAGGAGGAUCGCGGAUGAUGCACGCGAUCAUGUCGCGCCGUCCAACGUUCGCGUAGGCAACCCCGUUGUCGCCGUGGUCUUCUUCCUCCUCAUCUUACUCUUCAUUUCUAGAUCGACUGCGAGGCGGACCGCGGUGGACUCAUGGAAGGCACGUUGGAGGAGCCUGGUAUCAAGGACUCGUCUCGGAACGGUAGUCCCGACAGGCACCUGAAAGAUAUGAUUAUUCCAAAUGGUGUCAACGGGAACUAUAGCGUUGACAAUGAAGAAUACAUGGACAUCAGUGACAACAUGGGCAAGAAUAUAUUGAAGGAAUUUGUCACCGAAGAUGAAGAAGGUGAUGAAGAGGAAGGGGAUGAUGAAGAGGACGGAGAUGAGGAUGAUGAUGAUGAUGAUGAUGACGAGGAUGAGAGAGAAAUCGAGGGUCAAGAAAGAAAAAAUGAAGAUAGUGAGCAAAAUGAAGCAGUAGGUAAUUAUGAUAAAGAGGGUGAUGCAUUUGACUCGAAAAAUGACUUUAAAGUAUCCAAAUUGUCCGAUGGUGUGAGUGAGACGAACAAUUCUAGUGAAGUGUCUAAAACUGAAUCAGAGUGCAAAAACACAUCUUGUGAAGCUAUGGAGGUAGACGAACAGAGUAAUAACUCCGAUGUUGAGUGUCUCGAUGAAAGCAUUACAGAAAUACAAUUGGAUAAUGACGAUGUGUUCAUUUCGAAAAAGAUUGUCGACAAGCAAGACAAUGAUAUGUCGUCAAACUGUAGCUGUGACAGUAGUGAACUCGCUGACAGCAGCAUGGAGAAGACGGAUGUCAAGCUCUGCGAGGAGAAUGGAAGCUAUGACAGUCCAGAUAUCGAGGAGAUAACAGAUAACGCGAAGAAUAAUGGUCAUAAUGCGGAUCCGCGUGCUCUGAAGGAUCCCACGAAGCAGAGAAAACCGCGAAAACAAAUAGAUCUUAGUAGUAUUACGCCGAGAAGAAGUUCGCGCAAUAUUAAACGAACAAGUUACAUAGAAAAGGAGAUAGAGGAGGAAGUGGAUGACGAUGGAUCUGAUAUAGAAGAGAUUAAACCGGAGGAUCCAUUAGCUGGUAUCGAUAGUAAAGACAAGGAGAAUUCGAAAUUGAAGUCGCCAGUGAAGAACAGUAGUAAAACCACCAUCGUCGUUAAUGAUACUAAACGCCUGGUGGAGAUUGCCGCUGGUAGCAAAUCCAUCAAAGGUGGCAAAAAGGAACCUACAUUAGUCAUAAUAGAUACAAAUUCGAUUCUUUCAGGCCGCGGUGGGGUCCCCGUGAGCAACAGCAAGCCUCAUCAUUCUAUCUCCAAUUCUAGCUCAUUUUCAGUUGUCCCAGUAGGAGGCAUGACAACGCAGACAAUGUAUCCCAAUAUGAGGACGACCAUUACGCCAGUACCAAUGACUUCAAAGACGGCACAGCUGAGUCCAAAAGCCAGUAGUAUGACCACGGUUACGCCGACCACAGUACCGCCGAUUUUACCGACUCUGACUGAUGACAUGUUCGUAGUUGAAGCACCAUCCUUCAUAGUACCUUACGUAUACGAGAAACCGCCUCUAAGACCAUUAAAGGAAUUCGUCACCAAAUUGGAGAAAAGCAUCGAGGAAAGAGAAAAGGAGGAGAAGUCGAAACGAGUCGUCGAUGAGAAGGAUAACGAGGAGUAUAAGGAAGAUUCCUUGGAUAUUAUUAAGAAAAUCAAUGAAAAGUCUGACGAGAGUGAGAGCGAGGGACGAAGCAAGAGAGACGGAGAUGACAGAGGAAGUGACAAUUCCAUAGACCUGACCGAUCAUGGAUUCAGUAGUAUAAGCGACAGGCAGAGCGAACUGAGGCAGGAUGACAGAAAUAAAGUACCGACGUACUUCGACUUACCAUUGGGCAAGUUUUUCAUGCAGAUCGGGAUGAAUCUUGUACAGGAGUUUGUGCAAACUGAUCUCUUACGGACUCAAAAGCGUAAGCAGGGCAAGGGUAGCACAUCGGCCGAGACUCAAUUAGCUAUAAAUUCGCUUAUCAAGAAUCUAGAGUUUAGUAAAGAGAAUAACGAACCAUUCCACUUAGAGAUGAAGAAAUGCGAGUUCUGUAGUUUCAAAACGGAAUCGACAUUAGUCAUGCAGCAUCAUCUAGAGACCCCGCAUAUGCGCAACUACGUUUACAAGUGUAACUUCUGUCCGAUGGAGGUCCGCAGUCCCCACGAUAUUCUGUAUCACAUGGAGGCGGAGCACAAUACUCGCGGUAGACUGGAACGCGGCCCGGCUUUCCAUCAGUGUCCCAAUUGUCCGUUCGAGGACAAUCAGAAGGGCAAAUUGACACGGCAUAUUUUGGCCUGUACCAAGAAAUUUAGACCGGAAAGAAACUUGGAGCCUGCCGCGGAUUGGGAGCCCCCGGCCAAGAUACCCAGAUUGAAUCGUGCGCGACCUGUCGGCCCUACUAAUCCAAAUGCGCUCGCUGCUAUGGCGAUGAGCGCUAAGGGUCCGCAACCGUUGCUACCUAAACUAUUACCGGCGCCGAUCACAGGUCGUGGAAGAGGGCGGCCACCGAUGCAACCGAGAUAUUCCGACCUGAAAACUUUGCGACCAGGUGCUACUACAAUGCGGCAAGAUAAUGUUGCAGGAAUGAUGUAUCGUCCUACAUCGUCCGGUUUAUUGGUACCCACGUCAUACCAGUUUGGUAGUAAUCAAAUAUUCCAGGUGGUGGGUGGUUCUGGGACUGUCAUGUCGGCUGUCUCGGGGGUGAGUAGCAGUAGCGGCGGCAGUUCCGGUCAACCCACACCAAUUGCACUUGUACCCAACGUUAUCGACUCUCUGUCUAGGUUGUCCUCAUCACAGAACACAACAUCCAGUCCGAAAAAUCCCACAGCGAAGCUAUUGAGUCAACCGAGUAUAUCUAUUACUCCAUUACCACGUACAACAUCUCAAACCUCCAUUCCAGGAACAGGAACUUCUUCAAAGUCUGGAGGAAAAAAUACAUUUGUUAUAUGUGAAAUUUGUGAUGGAUAUAUUAAGGAUCUAGAACAAUUACGAAAUCAUAUGCAAUGGAUCCAUAAAGUGAAAAUACAUCCAAAGAUGAUUUAUAAUAGACCUCCAUUAAACUGCCAGAAAUGCCAAUUCCGAUUUUUCACAGAUCAGGGUUUGGAGAGACAUUUGUUGGGAUCUCACGGGCUGGUCACAUCCAGCAUGCAAGAAGCGGCGAAUAAAGGAAAGGAUGCGGGUCGUUGUCCGGCUUGUGGCAGGGUAUAUCAAUGGAAGUUAUUAAAUCACGUUGCUCGAGAUCACGGGAUGACAUUGAAGCCGGCACAUCUAUCGUAUAAGUGUACAGUUUGCACUGCCACAUUCGGAAUGUACAAGCAAUUCGAGAACCACGUGUACUCGGCGCACAGCGUCGUGGCGAAGAGAGUGAUGGAUAAAAAGAAUGCGCCCGCAUCUCCAUCGUCCAGAUCGAACGAUUCGCUUCUAAAACCAUUGAAGAUCAACGACGAGAUUACGAUUAUCCCGCAGCCAGCGAAGCCCACAACUAGAUCCGGCGCGACUCAAGGCAGAGGAAAAUAGCAAUGAUGAGCUUGAGUGAUACUUGUGUCUUGUCCGAUCGAAUUUCGCAUAUAACUCUUUGUGGUACUCCAUACCGAUCACUGGCGAACGCACAGUGAUCAACGUGCCGUGUACAUGUGUAUACUAUGCUUAAGAUGCGAGUUUUAAAAAAAAGAAAAAAAAACACCUAAAGGGGAAAAAAGGAAAAAAAGAAAAAGAAAACGCGACUCUCACGACGACAGGAAUCUAAUUGACUGCGUAAUAAUAUUCCAUCAAUGAUUAUACCGAUAUAUUUAUUUAAGAAUUUUUAUUGUUGUUAUCGGACCUACAUAAAAUAGACUGUAAAAAAAAAACAUUAAAGGGUGGCCUUCAGUCUGACUCCUUGGUUAACUCCUAGAGCUGCAUA